CUGUUUCUGUUGCUGUUGACUAGGUUAGGAACCUGGUGUAAUCUCGGUAACAGGAUUUAUGGUAUCGCACCUCCAUUGCAACAGUCUUUGUCUUUGAUAUGUAGAAGGAUUGAAGAGUCUUUCUUUAUCUCUGCUGCCUGCAGCAACCGGCCUUUACACCAAAAAAGAAUGAAGUAUUUAUAAUAUAAUACUAUAAUAAGUAUUAUUGUCACAUCACCGCUUUUCACAGUAUAUACGCAUCACAGAUUUAAAAGUAAAGGGUUUGUUGAGGUUGGGGGGGGGGGGGGUUUGUAGCACAGCUAACCCGAGUUUGGUAACAACUGCUGGAUUCACUCGAUAAAUCAUUCAGCAGCUUGCAUUUUUACUAAACUAUAGCCUUAAAAAUUAACUUAACAGCAAAGUAUUUUCAGUCCAUUUAUAAAUAUCCGUCCUAUUGUAAAUAAAAAUGGGCGCGUGUGUGUGAGGCACAUACCUGCCGACAAUGUCUCUGCUUUGACGAGAUGAUCAAGCUGCCGUUUGCCUUCCGAUCCCAAACGAGCAUACUUUGACACUUUUUUACUACUGAUGCAGAUGGCUGGAAGGACAGGGCCAGCAGAAGCGAUGGGCAAACCAGAACGGGAACGAAGUUUUUUCUGGGAGUUUCAGACGCUUCUGCAACUUCGCUCGUACUCGCAGGGGGGUCAGAAUGGCUCGCGGCUGCAGAUGGCUCUCCCCCAGCACCUUGAUGAAAGCCCCUUCAUCAAUGACAAGGUUGUGCAAAAGAUGACAAUUGUGCCCACUCUCAACCUGACCGUCAGAUGCACCGUGUACAAUGAGUUUGGUAUGGACACGUGGUACAUAACUGUGUCUCCUCACCAGUCGGAGGACGUCGCUCAAACCCAAUUGGUGAUCGGAGUGGUGGCCGGCCUUGUCAUCUCCAGCGUGGUCAUUGGGCUAGCCUAUGGAAUUUGCAAGGGAAUAUCCAAGCAAGGCAGCCGGAACCGCGCCGAGAAUGAGAACGGUCCCUCUUUCGAGGAGACAAACAUGGACACCAACCAAAAUCCUGAAGAGUAAACAAACAUCUAAGCCACCUGCCAUCCUUUCGGAAUUUGAAAGUGAGAACAUGGAGCUUUGUACAUUUCUCCUCCCUACCUCAUCUUUUGGGAAAAGAAAACAAUUUAUGUUACAAACAAGGUAGCUUGGAAUUCAUUUCAGGGAGAAUGUAACGACAAAUCCAUUUCAACUCUUGGAGAAAAAAAAAUGUUUAAUGUAUGUGAUAUACAUAUGUUACUUGACAUAUUAUAGACAGUGUAGCUAUGUCGUCUGUUAGCGGUCAUGUUUUUUAAGAAGGAACUAUUGUUGGUUAGUUGCUGCAAGAUAAAGGGUAUUAUAAUACUGUGGGGCUGUGAGAUAUCAAUAGAACCGUUAUGUGGCAAGAUAACAAAUAUUGAUAAAGCUAACAACAACAAAAAAUCACAUUCAUGAGCAAUUAUCAAAAAUAGAUCAAAAAUUACGAACAUUUCCGAAAGUAUUCCGGAAACAGCCGAAUGGGGCGGAGACGUCACAACAAGGUAACAAAAGGUCGAGGCGGGUGCCAUCGUUGUUUAUCGACGAGAGAGUUGCGUUCGUGUUUUGUCAAAAAAUCGCUAAAAUGGUUCAAACCUGUCAUGCUAUGUGGUGUACAAAUAGCCAUUUGUCGCAAUGUAGUACUCAUGAGUUCCCGAACGCGAGAAAAAGAGCUGGACUAAGCAGACAAUGAGUAAAGUUUGUCCGUGCCAACAGGGCUAAUUUUGCAGACCCAGCCUCCGGCACGGUUUUGUGUGGUGCGCAUUUUACACCUGAAAGCUAUUCGAACUAUGGACAAAUGAAAUCAGGUUUUGCUAAGAAAUUGCUGCUGAAAGCAGAAGCGGUGCCCACCGUACACUCGCAGCCACCCUAAAUGUCCCGAGAUAUCAAGAAAGAGGACGAUGACUGGCUCUGAUGAGACCACCCCACCGCCACAGGCUAACCAAAGGAGCGGAGCAGCCAAGCUCGAAAUGGCCAGAGUGAGUACUCUUUUAUAAUAAAAAACAUAUCACACAUUGGCUAGGCAAGGCAAGGCAAGGCAAGGCAAAUUUAUUUAUAUAGCACAAUUCAACACAAGGCAAUUCAAAGUGCUUUACAUCACAUGAAGACCAUAAAAAUCACAUUUAAAUCAACACAACGUAAAAACCAAGACAAACGAUCGCAUUUAAUCACAGAAUAAAAAUAAAUAAAUAAAAAUAAAACAAAAAUAGAAAUAAAGCAAAAACUACUACUACUAAUAAUCAUUGAAAUCAGCAAUGGAGAUAAGCACAAGAGGAAUAGAAGGCAGGUAGAUUGAAAUAUAUAGACAGUUAUGGAUAUGCAGUGCUAAACAAAAGCGUUUUUAGCCCUGAUUUAAAGGAGCUAACAGUUUGAGCAUACUUCAGACGUUCGGGUAACUUGUUCCAGAGGUGAGGAGCAUAAUAACUAAAUGCUGCCUCACCCUGCUUGGUUCUUGUUCUUGGAACAUGCAGAAGACCCGUUCCAGACGACCUUAGGGGUCUCAUAGGAAUCUAACAAGUCAAGCAUGUAUUUUGGUCCAAGGCCAUUAAGUCUAUAGGCUAUAGGACUGGACACCUGUAUAAAUUAUCGCUCGUAAAAUAUAUAGAACAACUCUAAUCCCAUUCAUAUUUGUGUCUGUUGGCAGAGCGAAAACCUAUGAUAGCACAAUAAAUGAUCAUUAUUCUAUACAUUAUUUUGCAGUCACGGUGUAUCAGCUUCACAAAAAGAAAUGCAAAACAAACCAUUCGGUGAUUCUGUUGCCGCCGGUGUUUCAUCAGUGUGAUUGCUCCCCUCAAUGAUCCUUUCAUUAGGCUGCAUUGGCUUUCGUUUGGGCUCAAGUUGAUAACCCAAAACACCAAAGAAAGGUUCAUAACUCUCCUCACCAUUAGAAGACCGUUCAUUACAUCUGAUUCGUCGCUGCAACGAGAAACAAAAUUGUCCACUAUUAUCGCCGCCAUUCAGUACUAAGCACUGAGCCGGGUGUUUUCUUGUUGUGACGUCACGCGCACAAUACGCUAGAUUUCCGGGGUCUCGGCCGCCGGUCGUUUUAGCUUGACAAUCGAUCCAAAUUUCUAUCAUUUUCUUGGUGUUGCGAUGUGUGUCAUUACACAAAGUGGCAUGAUAGGAAUCCAAAAGGCAUGCGUUUAUGGAUAAAUGAUGGAAUAUUAGCAUUUCCCCAGGUGUUGUAAUACCCUUUAAAUAACUUACAAGGUAUGGCUUUGCUGUUAAAGUUGUGUAGGAAGCGCAUCGCGUCUUGUUCAGUCAGCCGUUUUUCGUUUUUGAAAUAUGAAUACGAAAUGUUUCGGUUUGUGCAUUUGUGUCGUAGAGAAAUGGUGGAAUAUACUAAAGAGUUAUUAAUUGCUAGAGUUAGGUCUUGGCUAGGGUGACCAUAUUUUGAUUCCCAAAAAAAGAGGACACUCGGCCCGGCCUCCAGAUACUUGAAUUUUACACAAAGUUGACUCAAAGAUGCUUAUAUCACAUUAAUAUAUUUAAAGUGUGCCUCCUCCGUCUGGAUAGAAAAAUUCAGUUUUAUUCAAAAACACAAAACAUAGACUUAUUGCCAUAUAGUAUACUGUAUAUUAUAUACUGUAUGGAAAUAUUUUUUUACUCAACAGGCUUUAUUCUUCUCUAAAAAAAAUAAUCCCAAAAAAAAAAAACAAAAAAAGAAAAACAAAUAAUGAUUUAAAAAAAAAAUAACAAUAAUAAUAUAAUGCAGACCCAUGGAAAUGUAGUCCAGUCAAUACACACACACAGUAGGCUAUGGUCCAACUCAACAUUUAUAUAAAAAACCAUCACGACAAUUGUCGUUGACAAAUUGUUAUUCCCAGUCAAUUUUUAUUCUCAUUCAAUGAUCUAGCUUGUGCACAAACAAUAACCAAAAUAAACUGACAAGUUAUUCAACCAGCAUGUUUCCAAACGCAGCAGUUCAAAACUACACUGCCCAUAUUGCCUCGCGCGGCUGAGCUCACUGAUAGCUACCCUAUUAUCGAGUACCGGGAGCGGAGGCAAAAUCAAACUUUGCUAUAAAAAGUUCCAAUCAUCGGCAGCGCAACGAUGCGUCACCAAACGGGAUUUUACAGAUUACUCCAGUACAAAUCUCCGACAGAAUUCAACAGUUGCCAUUAUAUACGUAUUUAGCGUAAAAAAACUCAUCAGAAACACAGCUACUUAGAAUAUCAUACUAACAUCCAACCAAAUAAACGAACGCAAAACAAUUACAAGACUCAUACAAUAUACUGGAUCUCUGUGUACACAUAUAACCCAAUAUACAAAAGAAGACACGUGAUCGACAUUAACAGGAGAAACUAAAGAAAGGUGUACUGUAUGGAGCCACGUCUUAAAACUCCUUACUGUAGUCUGAUCCCUCGCCAAACCGUCAAUAGAUGAAAGGUAAUUCCCCAUGAAACAAAGGGUAAAAACAAGAGGAAGAUCUACUCCUUGUUUCGCCCCUACUAGUAGGAGCCACGUCAACGCAGGCAGGCCCAGCCCCCUAGCGGCUGGAGGGAUUCUCUUCAAAUUGGUCCCGUGAAAAAUGAUAAAAACCGGUCAUGAAUUUAUGAAACCCGGCCGGACGCUCCAGAGAGCACGUAAUAAGAGGACUUGUCUGGGCAAAAGAGGACGUUUGGUCACCCUAGUCUUGUCGAACACACACCGUUGAUGUUUUUCCAAAUGUACCAUAUGUCGUCAGCUGGCUAGCGUGGCUAGAUUUAUCCAGUAAGUGAGUUCUGUUUUUUCUGUUCGUCCUGUAAAUCUACCAGCUUGUGUCUUUAGUGAGUGAUUCCUGUUUUAGUUAAUGUCUCCGCCGAAGAGUGCCAUUGUGAAAUAUGAGUAUUGUUUUGUUGUUGCUAUGAGUAUUGUACACGAUGAAAGAUUGUCCUGAUGCUCAAAUGGCUCCCCCCCCCCCCGCUGUACUGCAUUUUGAACAGCCAUGAAAACACGUUUGCAGACUGGGGAAGAAUAGAAGUUCAUUUUUGAAUUGAAACCAUCUAUUUGGAAAAAUGACCAUAGAAAAUGAACAUUGCCAAUGCAAGUAUUGUAAUUGGAUGUUGUGUUUUUUGUACAUUUGUUUCAAAUAAAGCGUACAUUUGGAAACAUAUGCUCACUGUCUAUUUUUUGCUGUUGUUAUUUGUUCUACUGUUGGCAACUAAUGCAUUACAGGGUUUCGCCCAGAAGUUUCCAGAAAAUCACAGAUUUGUAGGAGAAAAAAAUCCCAAAUAAAAAUGUUACCUUGACAAAAACUUUGAAAUUGUAACUAUAAGGUGCUUUUAUAAGCCAUUUAUUGACAAUACUUAUACAGUGCUGGCUAAAAGUAUUUGCACCCCUGCAAUUCUGUCAGAUAUAGCUCAAUUUCUCUCAGAAAAUGAUUGCAAUUACAAAUGCUUUGGUAGUAAUAUCUUCAUUUAUUUUGCUUCCAAUGAAAAAAAAGACAAAAGAGAAUGGGAGGAAAAAAUUAAAUCAUUGAUCAUUUUACACAAACUCCAAAAAUGGGCCGGACAAACGUAUUGGCACCCUUUGAAAAAUUAUGUGACGCUUCUCUAAUUUGUGUAAUUAACAGCACCUGUUAAUUACCUUUGCCAUAUAACAGGUGGUGGCAAUAACUAAAUCACACUUGCAGCCCGUUAAAUUGGAUUAAAGUUGAUUCAACCUACUGUAUGUCCUGCGUCCUUGUGUGUACCACAUUGAACAAGGAGAAAAGAAAGAAGACCAAGGAACUGUCUGAGGACUUGAGAAGCAAAUUUGUGAGAAGGCAUGGUUAAUCUCAAGGCUAUAAGUCCAUCUCCAAACACCUCAAUGUUCCUGUGUCUACAGAGCGUAGUGUCAUCGAUAAGUGUAAAGCCCAUGGCACUGUGGCUAACCUCCCUAGAUGUGGACGGAAAAUUGACAAGAGAUUUCAACGAAAGAUUGUGCGGAUGGUGGAUAAAGAACCUCGACGAACAUCCAAACAAGUUCAAGCUGUCCUGCAGUCCGAGGGUACAACAGUGUCAACCCGUAUUAUCCGUUGGCGUCUGAAUGAAAAGGGACUCUAUGGUAGGAAGACCCCACUUAAAAAAGCCAGGCUGGGGUUUGGCAAAACUUACCUGAGAAAGGCAAAAAAGGUUUUUGAAGAAUGUUCUCUUCUGGUCAGAUGAGCUAAAAGUAGAGCUUUUUGGGAAAAGGUAUCAACAUAGACUUUAGAGGGAAAAAAACAAGGCUUUCAAAGAAAAGAACUUGGUCCCCACAGUCAAACCUGGCGGCGGUUCCCUGAUGUUUUGGGGUUGCUUUGCUCCCUCUGGCACUGGACUGCUUGACCGUGUACAUGGCAUUAUGAAUUCUGAAGACGACCAACAAAUUUUGAAGCAUAAUGCAGGGUCCAGUGUGAGAAAGCUGGGUCUCCCUCAGAGGUCAUGGGUCUACCAGCAGGACGAUGGCCCAAAACACACUUCAAAAAGCACUAGAAAAUAGUUUGAGAGUGAAGAACUACCCCUCAAUGUCAAUUUAUAAUUCCCAUUUAUUGACAAAGAUGAGAGAACCCUGAAGGACA